GGGCGAUGACGUUAUGACGAGCUGUGUGAACUUUUCUCCCAAUGAAAGCUGAGCUAGAGCCCCACCCCCUGGCCGCCGGGGUGACUUUGUCAUGGCAGCGCGGGCAGUGCUGCGCCUCCGGUCACUUCUGUACAGAGGGAACAGCCGAGGGACGAGCAGCAAGGCCACCACCUACUGUGCGGAGCUGGUCAGGAAACGCGACUAUGAAGGGUUUUUGUGUACAUUGCUUCUACCUCAAGAAUCCCGCCUUUCUGUGUUUGCUCUGCGGGCCUUUAAUGUAGAGCUGUCACAGGUGAAGGAAUCAGUGUCUCAGAAGAACCUGGGUCUGAUGCGGAUGCAAUUCUGGAGGGAAACUAUUCAGGACAUAUACCAAGAGAAUCCUCCACAUCACCCUGUGGCUCAGGAAUUAGCUAAGGCUGUGCAGAGACACAAACUGACAAAACGAUGGCUGACCAGAAUCAUUGAUGACAGAGAAAAGAAUCUGGAUGAUAGAGCAUAUCGAAACAUUAAAGAGCUGGAAACCUAUGCAGAGAACACUCAGAGCUCUUUGCUGUACCUGACCUUGGAGAUGCUCGAUGUUAAAGAUGUUCACGCGGACCAUGCUGCCAGUCACAUUGGCAAAGCACAGGGUAUCGUCACAUGUCUGAGAGCCGUUCCUUUUCACAGCAGCCGGCGACAGGUCUUCCUGCCUGUGGACAUCUGCAUUUUGCACGGAGCUUCACAGGAGGAUUUCAUUAGAGGAAGCCAAGAGCGAAAUGUCAAAGAUGUUAUAUUCGAUAUUGCCAGUCAGGCUUACGUACACCUGGAACAUGCUCGGUCUUUCCAGAAGAAGGUUUGUGAAAAAGCAUUUCCUGCCUUUAAUGUAACGGUUCCCUUGGACGGUUAUCUAAAAAGACUCCGUAAAGCAGACUUCAAUAUCUUCCACCCUAGUUUACAAAGGCGAGACCCCUGGUUUCCAUUGUCUUUAUAUGUCCAGUGCUGGAGAAAAACCUAUUAAAAUGUAAAAAUAUGCUCUCUUGUGCUCAUUCCUGUCGCCUAAAUGCUGUGAUAAACCUAUUAAAAUGGUAACGGGGAGCUUUUCGCUCUUGCGUUUAAGGAUUAUGCAGUCUCCUGCAUUAGAGCACAGAUUGUGAUGUGCCUAGAGUAUGAAGCAGUAUUACAUUCUAUUAUGCCCCUUAAGUU